AUGGAAAAAUAUUUGAAAUUAAAACGGCCUUCUGAAAGUGCAGCUGCUGAUGAAAAUGAAGCUGAAGAAGACGCAGUAUGUAUGCCCGAAACCUUCGCUCCUAAGAAAAAAGAUCCUAAGCGAAAAUAUGACGAGGCAUACCUGAAAUUUGGAUUCAUUGCAACCGGAUCGGAUGAGCUUCAACAGCCACAAUGCGUUAUAUGUUCGGAAGUUUUGGCCAGUGCUAGCAUGAAGCCGUCCAAAUUAAUCAGGCAUCAGAACACCAAACACUUGGAAACUAACGGUAAACCCAUUGAAUUUUUUCAGCGAAAACGCGAUGAAUUGCAGAAACAGAAGAGUAGAUUUAUAAAAUGUGCAACCAUUAAUACGAGCGCCGUUACAGCGUCUUAUAAAGUGGCAUUACGCAUUGCAAAGGCCAAAAAGCCGCACACUAUUGCUGAAGAAUUAAUUCUUCCGUCUGCCUUCGAUAUGGUGCAGGCCAUUUUAGGAGAGAAAAUGGCCAAACAGUUGCGCACCAUUCCGCUGUCUAAUGACACUAUUAGCAGACGCAUUGCAGACAUGUCAGCUGAUGUCAAUGAGCAACUUGUUAAAAUGCUGAAAACCAGUAAAAUCUUUGCAAUACAGUUGGACGAAUCAACAGAUGUUGCCAACUGUGCAAUGCUCAUGGUUUAUGUUCGUUUUGUAAAUGUGGCUGAAGCAUGUGUUGACGAGCAGUUCAUGUUUUGCAAUGAACUAUCAACUCGAACGACAUCCGAAGAAAUUUUUAAAGUACUGGACAAGUUCAUUACAGAAAAUGGUUUGAAUUGGGAUAACUGCAUUGGAAUUACAACAGAUGGAGCAGCUGCCAUGACAGGGAAGAAAUCAGGUUUGGUUCAACGAGUAAAACACAUGGCUCUAAAAGCUGUGUCGUAUCACUGUUUCAUACACCGAGAGGCUUUGGCAGCCAAGGAAUUGAGCGAAGACCUGCACAACGUUCUUGCCAGUGGAGUGAAAAUGGUGAAUUUCAUCAAAGCUAGUGCUUUGAAUACACGCCUGUUUGAAGUACUGUGUUCAGAAAUGGGGUCAGAACAUGUUCACCUGCUCCUUCACACAGAGGUGCGUUGGUUAUCAAAAGGAAGAAUUCUUCAGAGAUUGUAUGAAUUGCGAAGUGAAGUGUUUCAGUUUCUGUCCAGCAAGAACUCUCCACUGGCUGCUCAUUUGGUUGACACAGAAUGGCUGGCAAAGUUGGCUUAUCUCGUUGACGUAUUUGGCGCACUCAACGACUUGAAUCUGGCAUUGCAAGGACGUGCCAAUGAUAUCUUUAGACAUGCUGACAAAAUUAAUGCUUUUAUACAGAAGUUGGAGCACUGGCGCAUUCGUGUUGCACAGGGACGCAUGGAUGCAUUUUCAUUCUUGUCAGAGCAUUUAAUGAAUGUUGAGCAUGAAACGGAUGUGAUACAGGCAGCAAUACAAACUGUCGUAGUCGGUCAUUUGGAUUUAUUGCGCAAAAAAUUCCUGCAAUAUUUUCCAGCACUGCCAACAGAGAACUUCAAAUGGGUUAGAAAUCCGUUUGAAACAGAUGUGACCUCACUGUCAUUGGCAGCAGAAAUGGAGUCACAGCUAAUAGAACUGUCUUGUGACACCACUCUGAAGACUAAAUUUGACAAAUUGAAAUUGUCAGACUUUUGGCUACAUGUGGGCAACGAAUAUCCACUUAUUUCACAGGAAGCGAUGUCGUUCCUAUUGCCCUUUGUAACAACAUAUUUGUGCGAAACAGGGUUCUCGGCGAUGACUGCCAUGAAGACUAAGUACAGGAAUAAGCUCCGUGUUUCCGAUGAUUUGAGACUGUGUCUGACAACCAUUAGCCCCCGAAUCAGUUUACUCGUCAGCAGAAUGCAGUCCCAACCGUCACACUAG